AUGACGCAGCAAAUGCAGAAUCUACACCUCUGCAACUCUGCGAGAAGCUGUAGCCCUGCCUCUCCCAAUGCGGCCAAGCGCCUUUACCGCAACCUGUCCAACAAGUUCAAAGGGAGCCACUCGUCCUUCGAGGAAGUGAGCCAGGCCUCAAGGACAGAGAAGGAGCAGCUGAGGGUUGCCCCACUGAACCUGCACUGUAACGAGGCACUGUUCAAGGCAGUGGGCCAGCAGGAUCUACAAGCUGUGAGCCUGCUUCUGAGUCACUACAGCCAGGAUGAGUUGGAUCUCAACAGUCCCAACAGUGAGGGGCUGAUGCCGCUGGACAUUGCCGUCAUGACCAACAGCGUUCCUGUAGCUCGCAUCUUACUGCAGGCAGGCGCCGUGGAGAGUCCGCACUUUGACUGUGCGGAGAGCAGAGCCUCACACCUAAGUGGGCUGAUCGAGGAGGCACAAGAGCGAGUGACUGAACUGACAUCGCAGGUGCUGAGAGAGGCCGACAACACUGGCACAGAACGGCAGAAGCAGUUGACGGCCUGGGAGUGGAGAUACCGGCUGUACAAACAGAUGAAGACGGGCUUUGAGCUUGCAAGGGUCCCAGAUGCUCCCACCAAUGUGCGACUGUCUGUAACCAGCAGUACUUCAUUGAUGGUCACCUAUCAGGAACCACUCAGUGCUCACUCUGCUGUCAUUACCAGAUACAAAGUGGAGUGGAGCAGCAGGAUGGAUUUCUCAAACCCUACUGGAGAGAUGAUAGUGGAAGUCCCUGACUCCAUGAGAUGUACAAUCCCAUGCCUCAGGACGGGCCAGAUGUACUAUGUCCGUGUAUCAGCAGCAAACAUGAAGGGCUGGGGACGCCCGCAGACUGCGAGCCCCAACUGUGCCAUCCCUUCCAACUGGAAGGAAGUGGACGGGAGGAUGCCGCGGGUUCGCGGACAGGUCCAACAGCUACAAAACCUGCUGCAGAGAGAGCGAGACCGGCACCGGCUCCACGGGAUCGCAGAAAACAUCAAGCUUCAAAACGCGAGCCGGAAACAGUCAGUGUCCAGAAGUUUGAAGCAUCUCUUCCAUUCCUCAAUCAAGUUCGUGAAGACAUUAAAAAGAGGCGUUUACAUUGCUGCCAUCUUCUACCACGAGGACCAUGUGCUGGUAACUACUGAGGAUCAGAUCCCAAUUGUGGAGGUUGAUAAUGUCCAAUCCAGCUCCCUGACGCAGGAGUUUCUCUGGUUCACUAAGCUGUCCUGUGCGUGGGAAGAGGUUGAGUGGUUACGGCAGAAUCUAUCAGUGUCUACAUCCUCCUCCACAAUGCUGCAGGCACGUCGCAGGAUACUAACCGCAGCAGCUCAGCUACAGACAUUACUGGGCAUGCAGGACCUUGGCAGAGUGUACUUCCAGCCCCUGAAGGACCGACAUGGCAAUGCGCUGCUGGUGACAGUGAAGGAGCUGAGCGCUCAGAGCUCGUGGGCCGGCAGCCGCUGGACCCCCUUCUGCAGGGUUCAGAACCACAGGAAGUCAGUGUCAAGUCCAGAACAACCAACUGUGCUGGACAUGUUGCUUAUCACCAUGCAGGAUAUCUUGUCCUAUCAAAAGUGGAGCGAGCAGCGGCUGAGUCCCGGGCUGUACCUGGGCUACCUGAAGGUGAGCAGUUCUGUGGACCAGAUCAAGGUGUUGGUGCCAUCCACACUACCGAACGUCCUGUGCCAUGUGAAGGUGCGACAAAACAGUAAUGUGUCCAGGGAGGAGUGGCAGAGCCUGAGGGACAUGUCGAGGCACAGAGAACCCAGCUGCCCAGACUCCUCGCCCGCAGCCAGGCCUCAGUGCCCACUCUUUGUGUCUGAGCUGCAGGCUGCAGUGAGAGAACUACUCAGGCACCUCAACCUGCCACUGCACCAGGCAGAGGAGUUCCGUGUGUUCACGCAGGAGGUGCUGGAGUUGGGUCACGAUGUCUCCCUGCUGCUGCUCCUGCCCCCUUCUGCCUCGGUGUGCACUGCUCCCGGGCAACCCACCGCCAACCUUCCUGACUCCAGCUUCCUCAAGCUGCCCCUGCAGAUGUUCGAGUUGGUUCACUUCUGCACCUACCGGGAGGACUUCAUGGGGCUCUACUGCCGGGUGUCGGCUCUGCUGGAGAUCAGCUCUCUCGUUUCUCAGCAGGCCCUCAGAGAAGCUAUUUCCGAUGAGGAGCUUAUUUCAGCCAAGCAGAGGGAGCAUGAGGUGUUGGAAUCUCUCCAGCAACUGGAUGGAUUGUGGCGGGAGGUGCGCUGGAUCAUGGAUGCCCUGACAUACGCACGCUACAAACGCCCCUCCGGGAGUCUCCCCAUCACCUGGCUCAUGGAUACAUCAGAGGAGGUGCUUCGGGUGAAUAAUGAUUGCCUGCCCUCGCCAGAGAAUCAUCAGGGGAGAAGUGUCAGCGGGAAGGCCUCACCAGCUGCCCCAGACUGGCGGCCCAGUUCCGACGACGAGAGCAGCUCCGAUGUCUUUCUGUCGACUGACAGCGACUGUGACACUGGCGGGACACCCAGUCCGAGGGAGCCUGACCUGCUGACCGUAACUUCCCGUCACUUUGGCCAGCGGCCAGCUCACGGUCUGAACGACAUCGCUCCGGACAUCCUGCGGCUGAGGGAGCGGAGUGAGGCGGCGGGCAGCGUCCGAGGGUCCCAGAACGGUGUUCGGGAAUCGCAGCCCGGUGUCCGAUGUUCGGACGUCAGUGUCGUGGGUUCGGAUUCCAGCGUCUGUGGGUUGGAGCUCGGUGUUCUUUGUUCAGACGUCGGUGUCCUGGGGUCGGAGCCCAGGGUCUGUGGGACGGAGCCCGGUGUCUGGUGGUCGGACGUCGAUGACCUAAGGUCAAAGCCCAGUGUCCAGGGAUCCGACAUCACUGUCCUAGGAUUAGAGCCCCCAGCCCGGGGGUCGGCGGGUAGCAAUGACCCUCACUCCGCUUCCAGCCGCCGGGCACACUUCAGACAAGGCUGCUUGCAGCUGCAACGGGCUGGGCCGCCCCCAAGUCUGUCCGAAGGCGUGUACACACCGAGGCUUAGCCCUCCCCUCUGCCCAGAAGCCCGCCUGGGACAACCCAGCGGCACUAGGACACCACAGGCCGAGCCGGAUCAGCGUGAGGAGUUAGAGGGGGAGCGGCUGAGCAUGUCCCUUGGCCCCGACACCUUCAGCAGUGUCCUGUAGCGGGGCAGCAAGGAGCAGAUCCAGCCCGACUGUCCUCCCUCCCGCCCCCACCACCACCACCGCCGCCCGCUGGCCUGGGCUCAUCUUCCAACCCCUCCGUUCCCCGCCCCCCCCCGCCCUCACCCCCGGCCUGAAUAUUAGGGCACGAUCCUCAGAUUGACUUAGGUAACACGCUACGUCUCUCACUACGAUCCUCGACUGUAUCUGCUUAAGGAGUCGGCGGAAACCCCCUCCAUCGCAUCUACAGCAUCCCCACCUCCCCGCACCCAGAUGGUGCACCGUCAAACGGUCGCACCCCCGCCCCCACUGACCCCUCGGGCGUGCAUUGCAUGCACCCUCCA